ACGCAUAACCCUUAACCUGACAGGGUCGGCCUCUUCAGCAACCGUUGGGCGUCCAUUCACCUUCACCUGCUACGUGUCCAAUGAGUACAGGCUCCGCUCUGGGAUAUUAGUCUGGACACGGCAGUUGCAUAACGUAACACAGAAUUACUUUAUGAAAAGGAACAUUUUCAAAUUAAACGAAGUGAAGUGCUGGGACAUCGAGUCUUCCAUCUAUAAUCUAACUUGCCCAAGAAAUGGUAUUUACACUCUGACAAUUCCUGACGUUGACUUUGACACGGAUCAGAACACGAACUGGACAUGUAAAUUCAUCGGUGUGAGAAGCAACAUUAUAGCUCUUGAUGUCAAUGUUCCACUAGAAAGCAUCACACUUCUCAAUUCAACACCACGAGUUAAACACGUCACUGAAGGUGACAACAUAACUUUUGAGUGUGAAACAAGCCCGACGAAACCACCUUCAACAAUAACAUGGAUGGUUGCCGAGACGGCCAUGACAACCGGUGUGACGUCAUGGUCACGCAAUAACCAAGGUCUUACUACCACCAGAAGUCGGUUUACAAGAACGGUAACAUCAGAAAUUCACAUGAAGGACAUACGAUGCGAUGGAAGCUACACCGAAACGAAUUUGACGCUCACAUCGAAGAUGAUACAACUUGCUGUGGAUGAUGGUUUCUAUGAAGGCAUUGAUGACUCGACGAGGGAAAGCGAUGCUAAGACCACCUAUGAAGAACUACAAAACAGUCAAAACGCCGGCCCAGUGGCGAGGGGAGGGGUUAUGUUUGGUGCUGGUGUUGGCGUUGGGAUGGCAUGUCUGGUUCCCUUUAUCGUAGCGGCGGCUGUCUACAUCGUAUGCAGGAGAGGACGCCAAACAUUGAAGGAUGCAGAUCCAACGCAAGCCACGGAAAUGACAGUGAACAGAACAGCGCAACCCUCUGAUGGUUUCUAUGAAGGCAUUGAUGACUCGACGAGGGAAAGCGAUGCUAAGACCACCUAUGAAGAACUACAAAACAGUCAAAACGCCGGCCCAGUGGCGAGGGGAGAUGGUUUCUAUGAAGGCAUUGAUGACUCGACGAGGGAAAGCGAUGCUAAGACCACCUAUGAAGAUCUACAAAUCAGUCAAAACGCCGGCCCAGUGGAGAGGGGAGAUGGUUUCUAUGAAGGCAUUGAUGACUCGACGAGGGAAAGCGAUGCUAAGACCACCUAUGAAGAACUACAAAUCUCUCAAAACGCCGGCCCAGUGGUCUAAGGCGCUGCGAUUCGCUUUGCAGAGUUGCGUCCCUUGGGCACGCCAGAAACCUAUGAUUGUGGGUUUGAAUCCCGGUUCGCCCCGAUUAUGUUUCUAGGUUUGUCAGCGCCAUACCCAUGCUCAUGGGUUUCACCGAAGUAUUAAACGUCUGAGACCUGCAUCAUUUCGGGCUUUCCUCCCACAUUAAGCGGACACAAUCCAACUCACUCACUAUCAAAACACCACCGACAUAGUUAUAAGAUUUGGUGUCAUCGCCCUAGAUACUCCGAGUUCUUGCCUGAAACCUUUGUUGAACAAACAUCCUCAUCAAAAGUUUCAUUUUAACAUCAGGUGUUACCUUGCAAACGUCUUUUUAUUUGGGCAUACAGACAACCAUUUAGAACUAUUUUACACACAUUCACAUUUCGAACCUGUAAACAGAACCUGAUUGCCUCAGUAACUAGAUGUGUGCAAAAUAAGAGACAACAGGCGUUGUAAAUUCCCUGCAAAUACAAAUAGUAAGUAGAGUUUAAUGUGAACUUAUUAUCGGCUGCGAUAGAAGCUAUAGAAGUUGUUUUUUUAAGCAAUUUUACACAUUCCAUGACUUCAACGACAACUAAGGAACUCAGACAAAAAGAAAAUUAACGUUUUGGCCUUGAACUUAAACAAAUCCUCACUGGCCAUAUUUUCAGUAUUAUGACUGUUAAAUCAUGGCAAUGAAUACGAAAGAACAAACUGAAUGGACAUAAUAAUGAUUUAAGUAUAAGGUAGUGUGUUGUUUUGGAUGUGAGCAUUUAUAUCUCAGGCUAACGCUAAGGUCAACUGACUAGUGGGUGAUCAGGAAAGCUAUCGUCAAUCCUGCAAUGCAUGUGUGCUUUGAACAUCCCUCUGUGUAGAGCGGUAGUAGAAGUAGUAGUAGUAGUAGUAGUAGUAGUAGUAGUAGUAGUAGUAAAAGUAGUAGUAGUAGCACCAGCAGCAAUUAUUAUAUUUUACAGAUUUGAAAAAAUUAAUUGCAGCAAAGAGGGUUCAGAUGGUGCUGGCACAAGUGCUGUGCAAAGGUUCAGUUUUUAUCAUGAAAUCAUCGCAUACCUGUCUGUGACGAGCUCGUUGUAUAGUAAGGUUAUUCACUAACUUCCAGAUGGUGCUUUCAAAGAUUUGCAGUGUAUAAUGUAGACUAAACUUCAUUCAUCAACCUUUGCAUUGCAUAUUUAAUGGCCAUCCGUUUACAUGUUGAUGUUGUGUACAUAUUGAACCUUUGUUGAUAUCUUCCUUUAUGUUUUUAGUUCCUGUUCUCAAAGCAUCUACUGUCAUAUAUCUUUGUACCGAUCCUCACGCAACAAGGACAAACAGUGAUAUCUUUGGUAAACGUAUUGAUGUUGUCAAAGAGAAUACGUUGAUUCAGUUUAUUGGCACAUAUUGACGUUGACAAAGUCAGUAUUUAAUUUGUCUUACCAGUGUGGACAAUCCUGAGAGUGAAAACUGUUACAGUAAACUACGGUUAUAACGAACUCAAAGGGACUACUAAUUUUAGUUCGUUAUAACCGUAAUUCGUUAUAAGCAUAUAUACAGCAUAACUACAGCAUAUAGUCGGGACUAAAAAGUUAGUUCGUUAUAUCCGUUAGUUCGUUAUAAGCGUGUUCGUUAUAACCGUAGUUUACUGUAUUUCUUAAAUUAAGUAGGUAACAGCCUUCAAAUCCAAAUUAGCAUAUUCUAAAAGGUGGCUUCAAAGCUGUUGCUUUCGUAAUUAUAUAAGUUCCUUUGUUUGCUUAUACACAUCACCUACUUAUUGGCGUCUUUACUACUAAUGAAUGUUUUUUUGUUAUUAUUGGGUUUUACCUGUAGCUUUGAUUAUGCAUGAUUUUAUAUUGUCAAAUGCUAAUAUAUGCAUAUAUGCACGUUUAUAUUACAAUAAUGUACUGCUAUGUUGAUGUUAUAUUGGAGAGGAGUUUCAUAUUUUUUAGAUGUAAAUAUCCCAUAGAAGAAAGACAAUAUUGCGUAUACCAGAAGAAUUUGUUGUCAUUCCAAACAUGUUAAAAAUACAACAAUUGUACUAAAUUGUCAGUAAUAAAAGAAUUAAAAAAAUUUAAAUCUUCCUAAUACUGCUUCAGACAUCAUACACUGUCUGCACUGUCAUUUUAACUGGUAUGUGGGCGUGAGAGUAAUGAAGUUUUGUUGACUUUCAUGUAUAGGUGGUGCUCUGCUUUGACAACUG